AGCCUGGUAUUUAGGUUAGAAGACACUCACCCAGUCCCAGUGAACUCAAUAUUUAUCUCGCCAGAUACUUGUGGUUUCAUGUAACUCUGUAAAAUGAUUGGACCACGCUUUAAAUACCCAACAUGCCAUAGAUUGUUAAUGAGGUUUGCUUGGAAUUGAAAACAACGCUUCAUGUGCAGUGACGCCACAAACUGAAUCCAGCUCAAGUGGUUCAAUAAUAAGCUCAGAACUUUCUGACUUAAACAACUUUGAAGGCAAAUUUGAGGUGUUGGAUUAAAUUAGCGCGCACCUAUGAAAGUGACCUGUGAGUAUAUUCAGCUCAGAUUCACCGUAUAACAGGGUGUGAUUCACCAUGACUCACUGUUAGUCUGCACAUGAAGCUGAGGCUGAGAUCCUGCUCUGUGAACUGGGCGUAGUCUGUGUAGAAACAACUGCUCCCUUUGUGUUCAGGUGCACUUUAAGCAACAUGAGUCCUUCCUUUCUUUACAUAUACAGGGGUUCACCUGCUCUUUCUUUUCAUUUAAUCUGAAUUUGUAUUUACAGAUUUAGCUCAUUAAGUUUUAGCCUGACGACUAAAUGACUAGAAGUGUCACAACUCAGUCCUCUCAUCCUGAGAAACCUUGAAUUCAUCAUACAUCACCUGCAGCAGCAUCAAAUAGCACAGAAGGAAUAAUGGCUGAAAAAAAUAAAAAUAAAAUCAACAACAGGAAGAUCCUGGUAAAAGCAGUCUGUACAGUACUAUGACCUUUUAGGUCAGAGAAGCAUCCAAGGCAUCAUGAGCUGAGAAGCAUCAGCCCGAUGAGCGUCCUCCAUAGCAGCUUCAUUCAUCUGCCUUCUGUCUGACGCACCAUCACGACUGCAGAAAACACCAACACACAGAUUAGCGACGGCCGAGCCCGGCCCUGCUGGGUGUGAUGCUCACCACACGAUCUGCCUCAUUCUUAGAUGUGAAACAAUAACAGAGAGGUGCCAGUGAAGGGGCCACAGCGAGGUCCGAGUCUAUUCAUGUUUACAGUACAGACACCAGUAGAUAUUAGAAUGGCCACCGGGUCAGACACCACAAGGAUUCUGAGUAAAAAACAUUUCUGAGGUGAUUAGACAGACUCAUUAAUUAAAAGCUUGGCUGGGUCAUGGGUCACACUUUCAGGUUCUGCAGCAUAGUUUCUUCCAGGUUCUGAGUAUCAGCGAGAUGCCACCGCCAACACCCUGCGUAGUCCUCCACAGCCUCUGAGCAGACAACAGGUCCAGCUGAAGCAGGUGAAUUGCUGUGGAACCAUGGCGAUGGCCUCUGUACCCAUGACAAAGUGGCACACGGGUCUCCUUGACUGCUGCGCCGACGUAGGCACCUGCUGCUACGGGUUCUGGUGCUGCCCGUGCCUCGCCUGCUCGGUGUCGAAGGACUUUGGCGAGAACACCUGCCUCCCGCUGUGUGACAUACUGAGCCCCGCCAUUACGUCAGCGCUGGGCAUCCCGCUGUGCGUGCCCCCCGCCGUGCUGUCCAUGCGGGUCGCCAUGCGGCACAGAUACAACAUCCACGGUUCUGUCUGCAAGGACAUCGCCACCUCCUGUUUCUGCGAGUGGUGCUCGUGGUGUCAGAUGCAGCGCGAGCUGAAGCAUCGCAAGAAAAACGUGCCGGUCAUGGUCAUGCAGCCGAUUCCGCAGUGAGGACGGAGCCUGGACCGGAUCCUGGACCGGCUCCUGGACCGGAGCCUGGACCCGAGCCUGGACCCGAGCCUGGACGGGUGUCAGCAGCCUGGGAUGCUGCUCUUCACACAGUCUUAGUUGUGUUGUUCACAGUUGACACACGUUUCGAUUUUACGACCAUGUUCCCUAGUGAUGCACUGGUUGCAGCCAAUAAAAUACAUUUUCUUGAACUUCAUCAAUACAAAGAUCAUUUUAAGAAUCUAUUAUUUAUUCAAGCUGCAAAGUUCUGAGGCAUCCUUAAACCCACUUCUACUGUUUUUAUGUCGUUCUUCGUGUCCGUUUUUCCACAGCCAAUGAAUCAUCUUUGUAUUUUUCACAUUUUGUAUUUUUCUGCCUCAUAAAAUGUCCAAAACGA